AUGCCACCGCUGGGGACCGUCACCGCGGCAGGGCAGGCAGCGGAGCUGGGGCAGCUGGAGCGGGCGCUGGCGCUGGCGCAGGCAGAGCGGGCAGCGGCGGUGGCGGAGGCCGGGCAGCGUGCGACGGAGGUGGCACGGCUGCGGGAGGAGGUGGCGGAGCUGCGGGCAGAGCUGCGGCGCGGGCAGGAGCUCAGCGCCCGGUACCGGCUGGAGGCCGCCACGCUGCGCGCCAACGCCCGCCUGAGGGACCGGCAGCACCGCGGGGCCACCGCGCAGGUGGCAUGGCUCCGAGAGGAGCUGGACCGGCUGCGGGCGCAGCAGGAGGCGCUGGGCGAGGAGCACCGGGCGCUGCAGCACCGGCACCACCGGCUCGGCCGGCACCUCCGUGGCACCCACAGCCACCGGUGCCCAGAGGGGCUGUGGGGCACCGCGUGUGUCCCCCCCGUGUCCCCCCCUGCCGAGGACCCUGAGGACGCCCAGCCCCCGGGACCGGAGGGGACCCACAGCCAGGAGACCACGGGUGGGCUCAAGCCCUUCAUCCUCUUCAUCGUGGCCUCCACCCUCAUCUUCCUCCACCCCUACCUGAAGCAGAGCUGAGACCCCCCCAGAG